UGUUAUCAACAACCCUACUGUUUACGGAAAAGUUAUCUGCUGACUUUUAAUUUAUUUUGUUUAACUUAAAUUACAUAUACAAAAAUCAUCGUAAUGGCCAAUAAAGGCGAUCUGAUUGCACAAUUCAUAGAAAUCACAAGCACUGAUGAAACUGUUGCCAAAUUCUAUUUGAGCAGUAGCGAAUGGAAUAUAGAGAAUGCACUUGGCACUUAUUGGACCACACAGGGUGAUCCUACAACCGAAGCAAAUGCAUCAGGACAAGCGAGUCCAACAGGACAAGCGAAUCCAACGGGAAAGGGAAAUAAUCCCACACCGGCGUCUACACCGGCAAGCACUUCAAGCGGCGCUGCCGUACAGGCCCCAGCCAAAGCUUCCACUACAAAGCCUAAGUUUGCCACAUUGAGCGAUAUGUCCAAGCAGUCGUCUAGCGAUGAUGAGCAUCAGGCUUUUUAUGCCGGUGGCUCUGAUCGCUCUGGCCAACAAGUGCUGGGUCCGGCAAAGCGCAAAAACUUUCGGGAACAACUUACCGAUAUGAUGCGUUCGGCGCAGGAGCAGAACAUUGCCGAAGUGGGCGUGGGUCCCUCAACCAGUGGCACAGGUAAUGCUGGUGGUAGUGUCUGGGGUCAAGGCAUGCGACUGGGCAUGACAGACAAUGAUCACACGGCAGUGGGCACUACUCGCGGGGCACAGCCAUCUGAGAAUAAGCCGGUAGUGGUACUAAAGCUAUGGAGUCAGGGCUUCUCAAUUGACGGCGGAGAGCUGCGCCACUAUGAUGAUCCACAGAACAAGGAGUUUCUGGAGACAGUUAUGCGCGGUGAAAUACCUCAAGAACUACUGGAAAUGGGUCGCAUGGUGAAUGUGGAUGUGGAGGAUCACAGACAUGAGGACUUCAAGCGUCAGUCAAUGCCGCAAUCUUUCAAAGGCUCUGGCCAAAAACUUGGCAGCCCUGUGGGUAAUAUUUCCACCAAUCAAGAAUCAGCCCCCACUGCUGCUACCACGGUUACAUCUGCUGCUGCUCCUGUUGAUGUAUCCAACCAAGAGGCUAGUGCGCGCGAUGCGCUUAAUGUAAAUGCCGCCGCUCCAUUGACCACAUUGCAGAUACGCUUGGCUGAUGGCUCUCGCUUGGCGGCGCAAUUCAAUCUAACACACACAGUCUCAGAUAUACGUCGCUUUAUACAAGCUGCACGUCCGCAGUACUCCAACAGCAACUUUGUGUUGGUCUCAUCAUUCCCAACACGUGAGCUUAGCGAUGACAGUUCGACCAUUGAGAAGGCUGGCCUUAAGAAUGCUGCGCUCAUGCAGCGCCUCAAAUAAAUCCAUAACAAAUCAUAACCACACCACGCGCAAUAUGCGUGCUUAGAGUUAGUAUAUCUAAUUGGGCGAAGGAGAAUUUAUAAAGAACCCAAAUUACUUUGUAAUCCUAACUAAUUGUCUAUUAACUAUAUA